AGAUUCAACACUAGACUUAUUUCUGGAUUAUAGGGGUCCUGAUUCAGCAUGUUUUAUGGACGAAGCAAUUGAAUACGUUAGCGGAUCAAAAAUAUACACUGCUAAAAAUACAACAAUGUGUCAUAAAUUCCAAUGUUCAAUAAAUUAUGGUGUUGAAGUGAUAUUUAACGGACAGCUGUUUGAGUGUCCUGUUGAAGGUGGGAUAAUACAUAUACGGCCACAUAUGAAAAAAGGAUAUUUAGCUAUCAAUAUACAAUGUCCAAAAUGCACGUCAUUGUGUAAGAACCAUGAUCAUAAUGAUUUGAUGACACCUUAUCAAUUGGAGUCAAGUUGUGUUUCAAGAAUAACUCUGGCUUAUUUCGAAGAUAUAAACAUGUAUGAAGUCGACUAUUCCAUGGCCGAUGAUUUCAAAUGGGGAAAAGGUUUAGGUUGUGAUUUCGUGUUGAAGAGCUGUUAUGAAUACAUCAAGGAGAGAAGAAGCAGAGGUCAAGAUAUUCACCCCUACUGUGAUAUUCCCUUUGAACAAAAAUGCGACAGUUAUGAAAAUGGGAUUGGUACUUGCGCGCUGUUUAAACACGAAAAUCAAUUAAAUGAAAGCAAUCAGUAUAUGGAUGAUUCGUUUGCUUUUACUGACACUGAAAAGGAAAAAUAUGGAGGCUAUCCAUUUUUAGAUUACUGUCCAGUCCUCCUAGUUCUUCCGCAUGAUGAAGUUAAAUCAUCCCUGUGCGAGAAGGAAAGCGGUUUAGAACCAGAUUCAACACUAGACACAUUUCUGGAUUAUAGGGGUCCUGAUUCAGCUUGUUUUAUGGGCGAAACAUUUAAAUAUUUUAACGUAUCCAAAACAUACACUGUUGAGAAGAAGCCAUCUUGUCAUAAAUUCCAAUGUUCAAUAAAUUCUGGUGUUGAAGUGAUAUAUUAUGGACAUGCGUUUCAGUGUCCUGUUGAUGGUGGGAUAAUACACAUAAGGGAUCAAUUGAAAGAUGGAUAUUUUUUUAUCGAUAUACAAUGUCCAAAGUGCACAUCAUUGUGUAAGGAUAAUUGUCCAAAAUGA